CCGAGUCUCCGCCAGUGUACUGGUAGCUUCCUGCGCCGCAGCAGUAACACUCAGCUGUAUAAAAAUGUUGGUCCUUGUUUUAGGUGACCUGCACAUUCCUCACCGGUGCAACACUCUGCCGGCCAAAUUCAAGAAGCUGCUGGUUCCUGGCAAGAUCCAGCACAUCCUCUGCACUGGGAACCUCUGUACGAAGGAGAGCUAUGACUACUUAAAAACGCUGGCCGGAGAUGUGCACAUCGUCAGAGGAGACUUUGACGAAAACCUGAAUUACCCCGAGCAGAAGGUGGUGACUGUGGGCCAGUUUAAGAUCGGUCUGAUCCACGGGCAUCAGGUGAUCCCCUGGGGUGACAUGGCCAGCCUCGCUCUUCUCCAGAGGCAGCUGGACGUGGAUAUCCUCAUUUCGGGCCACACGCACAAGUUCGAGGCUUUCGAGAAUGAGAAUAAAUUCUACAUCAACCCCGGCUCAGCUACAGGAGCCUAUAACGCACUGGAGAGCAACAUCAUACCGUCCUUUGUUUUGAUGGACAUCCAAGCAUCCACAGUCGUCACGUACGUUUACCAGCUCAUCGGAGAUGACGUUAAAGUUGAGAGAAUCGAAUACAAGAAGUCAUAAAGAUGCCAGAAAACGCUGGUCGCCUCGAUUUAAGAUGUGUUUCGUCCCAUUCCUCCUACAGCCCGGAGUGUCAGUGCAUCGCAGACGCUGUACCAUAAUGCUCUGCUGUUUUAGGAAAGUGUAUAAUACUGUUUAUACGUCAUCAGCACUCGCUUGUGUUCUCUUUAUAAGCAGACGUUUGUUAAUAAUGCAAUAAUGUCAUAGUAUUUGCCUAAUAAUAGAGUCUAAUCGUGCCACUUUUAUGUUCAAUGGGUUCUGUUCAUUUUUCAAGACCAUAUUCAAGACCUGAAUGCAAAUUCUGUGAAAUAUUUCAUACAAUAAAUAACACAGUACAUUAAA